CUCUCCCUCUCCCUCCCUCUCUAUCUCUCUCUCUCUCUGCCCCCGGUUCGCCCACCCGCUCUGCCCCGACCGAGCGGCGUCAGCCAGUCAGCAGCCGACGGCCGCCAGCACCAGGGAGACAAGGGAGUAGAGGCCCGGAGAGCAUGAGCUCAGUGUCUGAUGAUGAACCCACAAGGAAAAGAUUGAGACUGGAAGUUUGUCCAUCUGCUGCACAGCAGCAGCAGCGCUCCUCUCCCACCACCAACAAGGGACUCCAGCACUGUCUACCACAGGGGAGCCCAGAGGGAAAAACUGCAAACAUUUCAGCAGGUAGGAAAGUCAACAAACUGAACUGUGCAGAUUUGCCUGUUAACAGAUGUGCGGAUUUAACCAUGGACCAGGCCAGUAUGCAACACACUAAGCAAACACUAAAAAUCAAAGAUGAGUCGUAUUCGCACAACACAAAAUUGAAAGAAACGUCUCAAGAAAGUGGUCUCAAAGAUUCUGAAACGGUUCGUCAUCACGCACAAUUUCGAAAUAAUCGACUCAGCAGUUCAGAAAUUGAAUCUAAAAAUUAUAAAACCAGGGAGAAAACUGAGUGUGUAGAGUCUGAAGAAAUUAGAAAAGAGAAAGACCCCUUGGGUUCACAGCCUGAUACGUCUGAACAGACCAGCAGAAAUGCACAGCACAGGUGCAGUUCUGGAAGUGCUGGAGAUAACCAAAAACUACCAAACACCAAGAUAGAAGGCUCUGACUUCAGAGAAAAGCGUAAAAGCGUUAUUCCAGAUAAGAAAAAAUGCAAGACACUUGACACUUGGAUAAUUAAACACAAUAGUACUGAAGUUUCAAGGCAAACUAAAACUGGUGAGCCAAUAAGUGACUUUGAUGUUCUAGACACAGAUGAAGAUCAAAUUGCUGAGAUUGACACUGUUCCUGAGAGUCCCUUAUCUGAUUUUGAUUGCGAACAACAUUUAGCUGGUCCAAGCGGGACUGGAAAAGAAGGCAAGGGUGGCUUAAUAGAGUCUCAUUCUGUUAAGAAUAUAAGUGAAAUUACCUCGCCAAUGAAGAGGGAUAAUUCAAAUAAUAAUUCCCUUAUGUCAGAAACAGAAGUUACUGGCAUAUCUUCAAAAGAAGCAGGAGCUGAGCAUGCUUCUGCACAGCAGGCUAACCGUGUUUAUGCUUACUCCCCCAAUAAAAAAGAUGAAAACAUGAUAGAAGUUGAUGGUGUAUCAAAAUAUUUCUGUGGAGACCAAUUCUCAAAGGCACAGACAAAAGUAUUUGGUGCUUUAAAGGAUGGGACACGUGAAGUACUGAAGCCAGAGCAACCGAUAAAUCCAUCACCAUCCAGUUCAUCUACACAGUUGGGGAAAAUGAAGGGUCCUACAAAGGUGGCCAAAAAAAUUACGGAUCAUUUUCGAUACUUGGGAAGGAAACCACAAAAGAUGGAUGAGAACAGAAGAGGAAAUUGUGAUGUGGAAGACAAAAAACUCAACAGAGGAAGAUACUCGGUAGAUGCCAAAUGGCUUGGAACUCCAAUCAGUGAACUGAGAAGAAUGCCCGAAUGUGGUGGUGUUUUGCCACCUUUAAGAGCAUCUCACGUGAAUACAGUGAACAUACGAACCGAUUUGCUGAAAAGUGGAGAUGUCCCAAGACCCUAUCCCACUUAUUUUAAAGAUGCCUGGGAUGAUAAGCAUGUGAAAAUGCCCUGCUCUGAUCAAAAUCUCUACCCUGUUGAAAAUGAGGAUGGAGACAAGAUUGUGCGUAGUCGAUGGGAAUUAAUCAACACAGCACUGUUACGAAAGUUUGAUAACUCACUGGAUAUUAAGGAUGCUAUACUGAAGUAUAAUGCAGGAUAUGCAAAGAAAUGGGAUUUCACUAUUUUGAAUUAUCUUUGUACCGAGGUUUUAGAUGAUGUGGAGACACAACAUCUUCUACAGUCCCUUUUGCCUGAGAUUGCCGAACUAGCUCUACGACUGCUGUCUGUCUGUACCCAGCCGAUACCACUGCUUAAACAGAAGAUGAAUCACUCCAUCACAAUGUCACAAGAACAAAUAGCCUGUCUUCUGGCCAAUGCCUUCUUUUGCACAUUUCCUCGACGCAAUUCCAGAGUAAAAUCUGAGUAUUCUAGCUACCCAGACAUAAACUUCAACAAAUUGUUUGAAGGAUCGUCACUCAGGAAAGCUGAGAAGCUUAAAACUCUUUUCUGCUAUUUCAGAAAAGUAACAGAAAAAAAACCUGUUGGUCUGGUUACUUUCCAGAGGCAGUGUCUACAGAAAUUUCCAGAAUGGGAAAAGUCCACGAAGAGGCUGACCAAAUUGCAUAUCACAUGUGAAGGUACAAUUGAAGACAAUGGCCGUGGUAUGCUUCAGGUUGACUUUGCAAACAGAUUUGUUGGAGGUGGUGUCACACGUGCUGGCCUUGUGCAAGAAGAAAUUCGCUUUUUGAUCAAUCCUGAGCUGAUUGUCUCACGGCUGUUUACAGAAGUUCUAGACCACAAUGAAUGUCUCAUUAUUACAGGCACUGAGCAGUACAGCUCAUAUGAAGGCUAUGCAGAUACUUACAAGUGGGUUGGAAUUUUCAAUGACAAGACUCCAAGAGAUACGUGGCAGAGACGUAUGACCGAAAUAGUUGCCAUAGACGCAAUGCCUUUUCGACGCUACUUAGAUCAGUUCUUACCUUGCAAUUUGCGGAGGGAACUUAAUAAGGCCUAUUGUGGCUUUGAACGGCCAAGUAUUGACCCAAGGAACCUUUCAGCUGCAGCUACAGGGAACUGGGGCUGUGGAGCAUUUGGUGGAGAUGCCAGGUUAAAAUCCUUGUUGCAGAUGAUGGCAGCAGCAGAGGCAGGACGGGAUGUAGCUUAUUUCACCUUCGGAGAUCGAGAGCUGAUGAUCGAGAUUCAUGACAUGCAUAAAUUUUUAACUGAGAAAGAGCAAACUGUUGGUCACAUCUACAGACAUUUGGAAAGAUACUAUAGUGAAGUCUGCAGAUCCUGUUCCUUUUCACGACCAAAUGUCAGACUCUACAACUUCAUUUAUGAUUCUGUAGGCUCGUGCACAGAUUCAACAGAUGAGGAUGAAGGUUGAUAUCUUUCAGCUCCACAGCAUUGAAAGGCUUUUUUUUAAACUUCAUUUUGGUUGAAUUUCAUUGUUCAACCCCCAGUUCUGCUGUUAAGAAAUCUCGAUAUCAUGAGCUCCAUUUAAGAAUAAGUAAAUCUAUCUUAAAACAUUCCCCAUUAUCCUGAAAGAAUAUUCUGAAGUAUUUGGUGCAGUAAUGUCUAUUAGUACCAGAAGCUUAAGUCUUCAAAAUCUUCAGUAUAAAUGAAUGAUUUAAAACUCCAGGUAUAAUAAUUAGAUUUGUUUGCCCAGGGACUGACAGGACCAAUGUUCUGUUACGUAUAUUCCAAAAAUGCAUAUUCUGUUUCAAACUUUACACAAUCAUUAUUUAGUUUGCAUUAUGUUUUGAAAUUCACAUUAAUAAUCAGUGUAAUUAUUCUAGCAGACUAUCUGCUAUAUUCUGAUGUUUUUUUGGGCGGUUCUAUUUAAAUUAAAGUUGAAAUCGCAGCAUGUUUCAAGCAAGGCUUCAUUAAUUUGUGAUAGAAAAUUAAAGAUAUACUUGUGAAGUUGAUGAGCAAGCAAUUUAUUUUCUUGAGUUUCUAUUUGAGAAAGAAAGUAAUUUUUUUCAAUUUUUGAAGGGCAGUUUGUUUAAAAUAUCUACCUGAAGACCUCAAGUGUAUUCUUUCAAUGGUAAAAUAAAGUUUUGUAGGCAUUUUCUGUGAGUACAAUUGUACAAUAUCUAUAUCUUAACAACUGUCUGCUUUUAAUAUUCCACCUUGGGGAAACUUUCUGCCAAUAUGUAAAGUUUUUUUUAAGUUGGCUAAUUAAAGCUUUGGUGUUCGAUACAAAUUAAUGAA